AUGGCAAUUGAGCGAAUCAUUUCAAGUCUCAAAACACCCCCUUUUUCGGCCAUUUUCCUCAUUUCUUCCUUUCAGAAUCCAACAAUCGGUCCCCGCGCAAUCGGCUGCUGCCCUGCUGGCGACCCAACUGGCAAGCCCUACUUCCCCGGCCAGGGCUGCUGCUGCGGCGAGCUCUACGACGAGUCAACCAGCUUCUGCUGCGAGCUCAGCUGCAAAGUAUUCGAGUCAACUCUCAAAGGAUGGACCCAGUGCAACGCUGUCGAGGUUGACUACACCGAUCAUACUGAAUCGUACUCUGAUUAUGACUUCACCACCGAGCCUUGGCAACCAACUACCGUCCAGACAACCAUGGAUCCCAAUACCAAUAGUUGCCGACGCAAAAUGUGGCUCCCGCACCAGAUGGAAGCCGCUUGCACCGAUUUCUCCAACCACGGCUCCCAGUGCACCUUCCAGUGUCCAUCACCUUACAAGAUUAAAAUCCCGGACAACCCGAACUACAGAUGCGAAAAUGGUGACUGGGUUGGGGAUGCACCAGAAUGCUGCAUGCGAGACGGAUGCCCAGCUAAUAUGAAGAUGGACUUUAUCUUUGUCAUCGAUUCUUCUUCAUCGAUCAAGGACAAGAACUUCAACUACGUGCGAGAAUACAUCAUCGGACUCAUCAAGUCGCUCCCUAUCGGCGAAAACAAGACCCGCGUCGGUGUGAUUACUUUCAACGAAUAUCCAAUUUUCCGAAUCAAACCCAACGACUACUACUCCAAAGCCGAUCUUCUCGAAGCCGUCGCCAAUAUCCCAUACGAAGGAAAAGGAACCAAGACUGCUAGGGCCCUCGAUUUCACCGUCGAGAACGCUUUCCUUGAGUCUGUUGGAGAUCGGCCUGAUGUUCCCAAUACUGUCCUUGUCCUCACUGAUGGCCGAGCGAACGAUAACGAUCAACUCCCAGAAUCGGCCGCCCGACUCCACAACCACCAACAGACGGAAGCCGUCAUCGUCGUUGGCGUAGGCAAGCGAAUCGUCAAGGAAGAACUCAACAUCAUCGCUAACGGCAAAACGAACCAAGUGUUCGAAGUCAGCGAUUUCCGAUCUUUGACUGGCAGCUACACCGAGGGAUCCAGCGUUUGCAUCAACCAAGCUAUCGACGACGAGCGAGCGCAGGAGGGACGACAGCGACGAUCGACUUCUGUCGAGGACCAGCUGAACGCCAUCGAAGAAAAACUCUCCGUCCUCGACGAGCAAUACAACAACGACGAAAUCAGCAUUGCUCAAUACGCCUCUCAGAGCCGAUCACUUCAGAUUCAAAAGCAACAACUCUUGGCUCAAGUCAAGGAGAUCCACAUCGACAAUAAGAACAGCAAGGUCAACUGCAACAGUUCCUCCGACUCGAUGCGUUUCACCGUCCAAACCCUCUGCCCACCGCGGUGCAUCGACGGGCCAGCUGGAUCCAAGUACUACUCGCUCUGGGAAGCCGACAACGCCCUCAACCCAUACUAA